AUGAACUUGCCCAGCUACACAACAGAUGGAGAAAUAACGGAAGUUCUACAUUCGUUUGGAGUAUAUGAAGUUGACACCAUCCGCAGACGAAAAAUUCCUGGUACUAACUGGGAAGAUGGAACCAGGUGCAAACGUAAACCUAAGGACUGCAACUGCUUUGGCUAUGAUGAUAUGUCUGAAGAAAAUGAUGAUAAUUGUCAAGGUGGUGAUUAUGAAAAUGAGGAUGACAUGAGUGACAUGGAGGCGGAUGCGACACUAGCCAAGUGGCCAGUUCUUCAGGAGCUGGAAGAAGAAGGCGAAGAAGAAGAAGAGGAAGAAAGGAUUGUGACAACCACUGAGCAGGACAUUGAAGAAUUGGUAGAAGAUGUUUCUGUGUCACAGUUGGACAAAGAAACACAUGACUUUGUCUUUGACAUUUUACUAGAAACAAUUGAUAGAAGCAUUCAUGUUGUGGUGUGUGACGGGGAGAUCAUCCUUGAUCAGGGUGUCAGUGCAGUGAGACAGGAGGUCAUGUUGGUCAGGGGUGUCCAGUGUACUGAGACAGGAGGUCAUGUUGAUCAGGGGUGUCAGUUUAGUGAAACAGGAGGUCAUGUUGGUCAGGAGCGUCAGUGUAGUGAAACAGGAGGUCAUGUUGAUCAGACCAGUUCCGCCCAAGAUCGCCCGAGAUGCGGCCGUCUAAAAGUUACAACCCAAGCCCAGGAUGCUACAUCCCGGCUGAUCACUUGCAUGGAGACAGCACAGCGCAUCCCUGUGAUCACAGGCUGGCAGCCAAUUAGCUCCGUCUCUUCUAAACAUACCGCGGUAAAGGCGAUCGAUCACCUGUCUCCCACAGUGCAGGUGCGACGAGGAAGCGAGAGACGGCUCUUCGUCAUAACCUACCUGACAAUGUUUAGGAUAGUACCGUUCAUCGUUCUCUCUGUCGCAAGAGUAACCUAUUCAACCAACGACACCUCGGUUCGGUAUCUGCUGACUCGCCUGCUUGAUGCCUCCGUGUAUGAUCCGACCAUCAGACCACAAGUGACCCCAGGGUCACCGACAAAGGUGGACAUCGACGUGCUGAUGACGUCACUGGGGCCGCUAAAUGACUCUGACAUGGAUUUCUACACCACGUUAUUUCUGCGCCAAGAGUGGAGGGACCCGCGUCUCUCCUUUGACAGUUUCAACACCAGCAUCGUUGUCAGUCACAAACGUCUUUCACAGUUGUGGGUGCCAGACCUCUUCUUUCCUCAAGCCAAGGAGGAACGCAGUCACGACCUAACGACGCCCAACGUCCUCAUACGCCUGUCUCCUGAUGGCAGCAUACUCUACAGUCACAGGCUCACCCUCCGACUUCGAUGUUUAAUGGCUCUGGAAAACUUCCCUCUUGACGUGCAGAGGUGUAAGAUACAGAUUGAAAGUUACGGACACACGCUGGAGGAUUUGCAGCUCGAGUGGUCCACGUCACGUGCGACGGUUGACGUACUUCCGGAAGCCUAUCUCCCAGACUUCCAAGUUGUCGGGGUCAACACCACUUCCUGCAGCACGGGAUACGCUACAGGUGCGUUCCCUUGCAUCUACGCAGAACUUACUUUGAGGAGGGAGAUCGGCUUUUAUAUGAUCCAAACGUAUAUACCUACGAUGCUUAUCGUCAUGUUAUCGUGGGCCUCGUUUUGGAUCGACCAUGAAGCAGUUCCGGCGCGCAUCUCUGUCGGCCUACUCACUGUACUUACGAUCACUACGCAGAGUUCCGGGGCCCUCUCACAGCUCCCUAAAGUUCCAUACGUCAAGUCCAUCGACGUAUGGAUGUCCACGUGCCUCAUAUUUGUGUUCGCGUCAUACAUGGAGUACGCAGUGGCAGCCGUCCUCACACGGAGAUACAAGAAAGCCAUGAUACUCUUGCAAAGCCAUAAAUCAACUGAGCCGAAAGUGAGUACAAUAUCUAGCAGAACAAGAUCCUCAGAUGUGAAAGAAAAUGGCGUCAGUGUCAUUAAAACGGAUGCUGACAAGGAAUCCUCCGAUGAAUCCCCCACGUCUAGGGACAGAGUCAGGUUACCAUUCAUGUGUCGGCAAGAUUACGGCAGGAGAUUAGAGAAGAUUUCAAGAUUCCUUUUUCCAGUAUCAUUCAUCAUAUUCAACAUCGGCUAUUGGACAUCAUACAUCAUCAUGUCAUUACGCUCAUGAAACUGACUGAAAGACUUUUCUACCAAUGUGACUGUUAGUUGCUUCAGAUUUAGCUGGUAUUAUCCAGCAUAUCGGGCAAAGGUUCCUGUACAAAUCUGAAUUACCCUGUACCAAUGGAAUUACAACAAUCGAUUCUACAUUUGCAUGGCAUACUAUCGAACGGGCUGGUUUUGUUUGUGUCUGAUAAACGUAACAACGAUAGUAACUGGCUCCAACACAUCAUUAGAUAUGAGCAAAACAGGUUGGUGAAAGUCGAGAACUUAACAAGGAUGACAUAACAAAAUAGGUAAAUCUGUAAGUAAUGUAUGUUCAUUUGUACUGUACACUUUCUAUUGUCAGAGACUGCAACAGAGACUAUUUUCCGAUAUCUUCACACGAAUAUUUCAUUGUAUUUUUGUCUCUGUUCGAAAUGUGCAAUAACUUCCUAUCUGUAUGUCUUAUCGUCUUUCCUCUAGGCCCCAAAGGGUUGUUCCAGCCUUCACGUUUACUUUCCUGAAAGAACAAUAUUACCUGAAGGGUUCUAGAACGCAAGUAUGAAUUGUCUUAUUCUCAUUUUGUGUAAAAAUGUAGAAUUCUAGUAUAAUGUUCUUUAAUGACCAAUCCAAGACGUGCCCGAUUGAUGUAUACGAACAAUAUGUAGUGUAAAUAUUACAAUAUAUUGAGAUUUUACACAACUUCAACCACAUCAAGGAGAAUACACUCAACCAGUGAACAUUACUAGUAUUUGAUAAGGGCUUUCAUGGACUUAUGGAAGUGUACUGAGUAAGAAUGAUCUAAGAAAACUGGUGUUACGUUUCCCAAAACUUGCUUCGGUCCAGCGUCACGCGUUCACAACAUCCUCUGUGUAUCACUCAAUGCAACCAGUGAAGAUACCAGGUGUCAACUUUCAUUCAUCGUUCAUCCUGUGAGGAAGUGGGAUUCGUAUUACAGUGGCAUCUCGGCAUUCUGAACCUUUGUAGACCGAAACCCUGGAGGCCAGUAAGACAAGGACAUUGCCAACAGUCCAUGCUUAGUAAUCUGGACAUUUGUUAAUACACGUUGUUUUACUAGGGGCAGUACAGUCCUGGUUAUCGAGGAUUCAAGGUUUAAUGAUUUGACAUGUGAUUUACAUAAGUAACACAUGUACGUUUCUUGUAUACUUUGAACUUACUAUACAUCGAGGAAGAGUUUAACUUUAUAAGAAAAUGAAACCUAACUGGUUCAGGACCGCACCAUGAUUUUUCUGAAACACUUUAGAUGGUAUGACAAUCAAAGGAAGUUUGAAGCAGUUUGUACUUUAAAUGAAAUUGCAUUCCUGUGCCGUAGUGUGUAAGUGUACAGUAUUCCUCGUGGUGCCUACUGUGCCUUUAUAUAACAUCACGACUUUUAUUCCACGAACUGCCACGUGUAACUGCUCUCCUCUUGGUCCAUGGUAUUGUACUGUGUGAUUCAUUCACAGUAUUUUGGUCAAUAAAAAUGUUUUGA